UUCUCUGCCUUCAUUAUUAGUGUUAAAAAAACUUUGAUCAUCGGAUUGGGUGAAACAUCCAACUCCAAUAAAGAUAAAAAUAAAAAUAUUGAAAGUUUGAUUUGAGAAACAAGUGUUAAGUUUUCUUGAUCCUCUUCUCUCUCUCUGUGCUCGUUUGAUGGGAGUUACUGUUUCCCGGAAAAUUCACUCUUGCCAUGGCUGCUAAACUGUCUUACAAGGACUCUCUAAAAGCUCUAGAAGCCGAUAUUCAACACGCUAACACUCUGUAAACUCUUGAUUCCUCGGUUUAUUCUUAUCAUAAAUUCUCGAUCUUUCCGCUUUUUUAGCUGUGUAUUUUAGGUUAUGUCAGGUCGAAGCUAAGUUAUAGCUUCUCGAGCUUUGGAUAACCCGCGGGAGAAGGACGGAGCACGUGUUCAGAUGAGAUUAUCAUACAGUCCAGCUGCUCAGUUUUUUCUUUUCCUUGUACAAUGGACUGAUUGUCACCUCGCUGGUUCCCUCGGCUUGCUCAGAGUCCUUAUCUAUAUGACUUAUGCGGAUGGGAAAACCACAAUGUCGGUUUACGAAAGAAAAGCCAGUAUCAGAGAGUUCUACGCUGUUAUAUUCCCAUCCUUGUUGCAACUACAAAGGGGAAUCACAGACCUCGAAGACCGUAAGCAAAAAGAAGUAUGCAGCAUGCGAUACAGAAAGAAGGACGAGGGCAAAAAAUGUGAGCUCUCCGAGAUUGAGAUUGAGAUGGAGAGGGAAGAAGAAUGUGGAAUCUGUAUGGAGAUGAACAGCUUGGUUGUGCUGCCUAACUGUACUCACUCUCUGUGCAUCAAAUGCUAUCGCGAUUGGAGAGGGAGGUCACAGUCAUGCCCUUUCUGUAGAGACAGCCUUAAGAGAGUGGACUCGGGCGAUCUCUGGAUGUUCUUGGAGAACACUGAUACGGCGAAUCCCUCUGUGAUUGCUAGAGAGAAUCAGAGAAGGUUGUUUGUGUACAUAGAGAAGUUACCACUGGUGGUUCCAGAUCAAGCGUUUGCUUCUUCUCCUUACGAUUCUCAUGUGAGGUGAAAGAAGUAAGAGAGGCGUAAACCGGGUCUGGCGAAUCUUUACAUGUAUCUAUUUAUUAGAAGUUAGCAGAAGUAGUUGUAAUCUUGUCUUUUUAAACUCUGCUUCUUUUACCAUAUUUUCUUGGGAAAGUUCCACUUCCUACAUGCUUUUUGUACAUUUGGUUUGUGGUUCCCAUUACGAACAUAAACCCUUUUCUUCAUGAAGUGUUUAUUCACAAUCACCAUGGUUGUUACUUGUUAGCCUA